CGCCCCUGGCGACCUGCCUGCGCGACGCGGUACGGCACGGGCCGGGCCCGGGAUCGGCGACUAAUAACCUACAUAGAAAAUGAGGCUGAAUAACAUGCACAUGCUGAUUACUGGAGGAGAGGUUGAAGGACAUCCUGUUUUAAUUUAGCAGUGUUAUUGUUCUUUGGGGUGAAAUGGGAAAUUUGAUUCUCUUUUGGAAAUAUUAAUAUUUCUAGUGCAACUGCACUUCAGUAGUCUUUUUUUUGCAGUGCAGAUUUCAACAAAUUCGUUUUUCCUAAAGAUGCAGAACCUGUCACUAGGACAAAGUCUUACUGAUACAGACACAUGGCACCAAAUGUCUCUGAAAGACCUGGCAGUUGAAGCAGGUGGUACGUCUCUGGAUGAAAGUGACUAUAACUUGAAUGGAAGGACAAUUAACGAAGAAUGUACUAAUCUUGAAGUCAUGCCGCAAAGCCUCCCUGUAGCGAAUAGCAAGGAGAGAAGUUGUGAGGGGUUUUCUGAAAGCAGUUACACUACCUCAGAACCCAGUGGUUCCUGGGGUGAUUUUGAAGGCUUUGAGGAGUCCUUGGGUGACUCAGAGAGAUUCAGUCAAAAUUUUGAAGUUUUGGUGAAGUCAACAGAAACUUCUCGAGUUGAUAGAGACUUCAGCAGUGGACACUGUAGCACUGAUGCUGAUCACUUUUAUUCUGAGCCAUCUCUACACAGUGUGAUACAGGAGGCUUCAAGCUCUCUAAAUGAGGCAAGCCAGAGCUAUGAGGAUAUGUUUAAGCUGAGCUUUCCAGAAGUGUUUGUAUCACAGUCCAGCGAGAGAAUAAGAAGCUUAGAUCAAGUACUUGAUACAAAUAAUGAAGAUGUUGGGAUUCCUGAACUUACGAAGAAUGAACUUUGCACUGAUUCUGGAAACAUAUGGAGAACACUUAGAGACUUUUAUAAUGCUCCCAGUUUAAGACAUCCCUGGAGUAAAUCUCAUUGCCAAGAAAACCUCUUGAGUGUUCUUGGAAUAGAUGCAAAUCAAAAGGACUUUUCAGAGAGCAAGGAUAUUUUUGAGGAAUCAAAUGUUAAAGAUACUGACGACUUCAGUUUUGAUGGAUUCAAUAUUAAUGACUGCAAAGCACUGAUCCAGACCAAGCUUUCUGUAACACCAGAUUCCAGACAUGGUCAUCUUUUCACCUGGGACCUCUUUUUGAAAACCACAUCAUCAAAUGGAAACAUGCAGUAUAUCACAACCCCAAGGAAGAAGCACAUUUUUGCUGCAUGCAACCUAAAAAUGAAAUUUUUUCAGUAGUGAUGUUUGAACCAAAUGCACUUUUUAAUCAUUUUGUUUUCUUUUUGAACUGAAUGCAAUUUAUCUUAAUUUUGUUACUGGCGUGGUACUGUAGACUACAUGUGUCCUUUAGGAAACUGACAUAUUGCUGUAUAUGAGGUUCCUAAAGCCAUGUUACUAGAAGAUAUUUAGUUGUGAAGUCAGAGGUGUAAUUAUGCCCUACUAAGUUUUGCUGCAGUCAUGUCUCUUAUAGUAAAUCCCACUGCAGUUACGCUUUAAGGGUACUGCAGUGGACCUGAACUACUGAUCUUUCAGGCCUUAAUGCCUCUGAUCAAAAAACUCCUUUUCCUGCCAAAAUCUAAAUGCAGCUCUGGUGCAUUGUAAGGUGUGCCUUGUCACCAUCACUCCUAUUUGGUCCAGUUUGGAUCAGCGGAGAUCUGUUACUUCUCCACUGCGUAACACAAUAACAGGAGCCAUCUACAUAUGGUGGCUUUCACUGAUCUUUAGAACAAAACUGUUUUGACUUCUGAUAAAGCCUGCUGUGGUGAUUUGAGUAGAGUCAGUGAAACGUUUUGCUCUGGCAUAGGUUUCUAACUGAAAUAAAUCGCCUCUCUGCAGCUGA